AUUUCGUAACGUUGGACUUUCGUCUUUAAAAUGGCGGACGGGAAGAAGGAGUUCUCGACGACGAUGCCGGCAAAAACCUACGGCGAAGUGAUAAUCACGUUAGAAAACUGUGUAAUUCCUCAUGAGAAAUUGUCCCCGACUCCUUCUGUUAGAGAUGGACUGGAUUCGGAGACAGAAACAAAUCUACGGGUGCUGGGAUGCGAGUUUAUUCAGACGGCAGGAAUCUUGUUGAAACUGCCGCAGGUGGCCAUGGCAACUGGACAAGUCCUUUUCCAGCGUUUUUAUUACUCCAAGUCAUUUGUUAAACACAACAUGGAGAUAGUAGCCAUGGCCUGCAUCAACUUAGCCUCGAAAAUCGAAGAGGCGCCGCGUCGCAUCCGUGAUGUGAUCAAUGUAUUCCAUCACAUUCGGCAGAAGCGAAACAACAGGUCGAUCGAGCCCAUGGUUUUGGACCAGAAGUACCUGAACAUGAAGAACCAGGUCAUCAAGGCGGAACGCCGAGUCCUGAAAGAAUUAGGAUUCUGCGUUCACGUCAAGCACCCGCACAAGAUGAUUGUUACUUACCUUCAAGUGCUGGAGUGCGAACGCAACGCACAACUUGUGCAGACUGCCUGGAACUACAUGAAUGACAGUCUCCGCACCGAUGUGUUCGUGAAGCACAUGCCCGAGACCAUCGCUUGCGCGUGCAUCUACCUUUCGGCAAGGCAACUGAACGUUAUUCUGCCCAACAACCCUCCAUGGUACGGCCUCCUGGGAACAGACGAGGAUGAAAUCCAAGAAAUAUCGCUCACGAUCCUCCGGCUCUAUGCCAGACCAAAGAAAAGUUAUGAAGAGCUGGACAAGGUUGUGGAGCGGUGCCGCUUGGCCAUGCAGGAGGCCAAGUACGCCAAGCUCAAGGGGCACACGCUGGACGUGAACAGCACGGCAGGCACGCCCAACAACUUCUCCCCUCACUCUUCCAGACAAGCAUCUCCUAAAGUCAACGCAGACUCACCAGGCCUUCCUAGUUCCUACAAUCCCUACCGGGUGAAGGAGGAGCCAGCGUCUGGAGGCAGUGCUCAAAGCAGCCAUAAAGAACGCAAUGGCAAAGUGGCCCGCCGCUCCAAGACCAGCGCCUCCAACAGUCGCAGCCACUCAAAGAGUCCGCGGCGGGGAGGGCGUGGCCGCAGCAGGUCCCACUCCUCCCACAGCCGCAGCAGCAGCCGUAGCCCCAGCCACUCCCCGUCCCACAACGACAAACACUACAGCAGCAGCCACGCGGGCAAACACAAGAAGAAGGACGACCACAAGCGGAGCCGGCGCGACCGGGAGCGGGAGCGAGAGCACGCGAGGGAGCGCGACCGCAAGUACGCCAAGAGCAGCAAGUCCCGAUCCCGCAAGCGCAAGCACAGCCGGUCGUCGUCCCGCGACAGCAGGAGCCGCUCGCGUAGCCGGUCGCCGAUCCGCAGGGAGAAGUACGAUUACAAGGACAGUCCUGGUAGGGACUCGGGAGGCAAGUCCAAGGAGAAGCACCGGCGACAGCGAUCACAUUCCAGAGAGCGUUCUCGAAAAGGAGGGAAGAGAGACUCCGGUGGGCACAGCAGAUCCAGAGACAGGAGACGCAGGUGAUGAUGGGUGUGGUCACUCAUGAAGUGCCUCAAUAUGUCAUUACGUGUAUUUUAGAUAUUUUAUGUUUCAAACCCCAAUUGUGGUCAGUUUAACUUUGUCCCUCAGAAGUUAAUGAAAGUGUGAAUCAUUACAAAAUGGUUUUUUUUUGGUUUUUGCUUUGUGAGGAAGAUCCUCCUGUUAUUUUCAUGUUGUUCUUUGAUUGCCACAAGUAUCAAAUAUUUCAUACAGGAUGUUUUGAAGUAUUGCAGAUCCUGAACUACCUUGCGCAUUGUAGGAAUACAUUUUUGACAAAGUAACCUCAUUUGUAGUUUUCAAGACAGAAAACAUUUUUGUAAUUUUUUUUUUUAGGGGGGGGGUGCGGCAAAUUAAGAGCUUUGGAAAAACCACUUAAAACCUGGUGUUUUGGUGUUUUCCUAUUAAUUUGUUUUCCUUGUUGGUUGUUUUUUGAGAGGGCAUCGAGAUUAGACAGAAUACUGAAAAGAAAGGAAAAGUUCAUCAUUAUUUCAAUUCAUUUGAGCACAGUAAAGAAGAGAAUUCAUCAAUUUCUUUCCCUAGUACAAUUGUCCAUGUAUUUGUCGAUAAGUUAAAUAUGACAAAGUGGGUUAAGUUUUUUUUUCUCUGCAAAACAAAUCUAGUAAUUUCCUACUCUCUUUUGUCUUAAGUGACACUAUUGCUUUAUUCUCUUUGGGUGUUAAAUGUUUUUGUAUCACAGGGCCACUUCCUUUGUAAAAACAGGCACUCACAGGUUGUGACUUAAGUGCUAAUUUAAAAAAACAAAACAAGACUAUUAAAUCUGUUUUCAUAUUAUUUGUUUCACAUAUGAUACACGUAUAUCAUUUUUUUUUUCACUAUCAAAGAUAAGGCUGAUGAGAAAAGAAUGAUGGUAAAAUGUAAAGAGAGUGUACGAAUGUCGUAAAAAUCCUGAAAUGUUUGUACUUUCUAAGAAUGUAGGGUGCUUGGGUGGGGAUGUUUCAAUCCAUAAAUGUGGGGUGUUUCUUUUUUGUUGACUUUAAUAGUCCACACUUUCUUCUGGUGCUGGAUUACAUUUGAUAAAGACAACUUUUCUAGGGGAGUUAACUUUGAAUUUUAAAUUGUUAUUGUAAUUUUGGUCCAGAGGCAGGAAUGAUGUAUCAGGGAAAUCCACUGUUUUGGUUUCUGCAGAGGGCAGCAUGCCACAUAAAGGCAGGUAUAUUGUAGGUUAUUGACUACUGAGAAGAUUGCUCAUUGUAACUAUUUAAGUGUACAUAACGAUGCCGACAAAUUGUACAAUGCGUACGUUGUACAAAACAUUGUCCAGAAGUUGAACAAAAAAUGUACUUUGUAUAAAACUCAUAUUAUUAUGUUAAUACUUACGACAGACUAAGUGUCCAAACGUAUUUCAAUAAAAAAAACAAACAGAAGAAAACCUGAA